AUGGAGGAGGUGUCGCAGAAGCAAGGUUCGAUAUCUUACCAGCAAUUCCGCGACUAUGUGUGCAAGCAGAACCAAAGCGACGUUGUUGAGCUCACGCACCACCGCAGCAUUUUCGCGGCGGGUUCAGGCAGUGAUCUGGACGACGACGAUUUGGGCGCAGCUCAGCACUACCGAUCUGGGCACAUCCAGUCGCUUGUGGCGGACUUAGACAACGAAUUGAUGACAAUGGGUUCUUCGGAAGCCUCCUCGACAGAGAACGAUUCGGCAUUCCCCCUGUUCCAUGCCUGGCUGGAUCAGAUCAUGGAGGACAGCGGCGAAGGUGCAGAUUUCGGCCACGGGCUCACCUACGCAGACCAGAGGAUUGAGUCCUUGUACAUCGGGCACAACAUGGAGACCACGUCCAGCCACAUGUGCAUGCUGAUGACGGCCUCGUUCUGCUACUCCGUGUGGAACAUGUGCCAGUCUGGCUUCAGGUGGGACCCGACAAUUGUGGUCUGGGACAACAAGGUGCGGAUCGCAUACAACCUCGCCUGGAUGUUCCUGGCCGUCUUCAGCGUCUGCGUGUUCCUUGUGUGCUGGCGCUGGACGCGCAUGGAGAAGAGGCUGCAGGCCAUGAAGCCGAGCGUUCGGAACGAGGACGCCCGCGAUCGGGAGGCCGUCCGCCUUGAGCGGCGGCUUUGCGCCUGUUUCUGCCUGGUGCCGUGGGUCGGGUUCCUCUUCGCGCAGCGCUUCCGCGUGGCGACCCUGUUCGGGGAGGACGACCCCGACGACAUCUUUUCGUCCAGGAACAGCGACUACGACCUCAUCAUUACCAUCAUCGCGCUCCUGAUGUUCAUCUCGACCAGGACGCGCAUCAGGUGGUGUUGCUGCUGCCUGAUGGCAGCUUCGAGCUGCCUGUCGUACUGCGUGACCGCGUUGCUGCUGGGCUUUGCGGAGUCUUGCAAGGAUGGCAGCAGUCAGCGUGGCGACCCAGCAUGGCCUGGGGUGGUGCUGGUCGUAGUCUGCAUCUUGAACCUCUGCGGGCACUACUCGGUUGAGUAUCAGCGGCGCGUUGUGUUCCUUUCCUUUUACGCGUCGUAUGAAGUACUGCGGGAAUCGUUCGAGGAAGACCAUACCGCGGGGGAAUCUUUCCAGCAGGUAUCGAAAGAGCCUGUGAAAACGUCGGUUGCCCAGAUAAAUAGAUCCUUGAGCCUGGUCAAAAAGCUCUCGAACUCCUCCGACUUGUUCAGCAAGCCGAUGCGCAACGCACUCAAGACAAUGGUUGAAGCGCUGCAGAACUCGAAGCAAGAGGUCGUCCAAGCGGACGUUUUGAAGAUCGUGGACGUCAUGGAGAUUUUAGACAAAGUCAACGUCUGGGGCAAGACCAGAGACCAGCUGCUAACGCAGUUCGACUCCCUGCCGACGAAGUUGCAAUCUCCCGAGGACGGCGGCCCGUCGUCGUCCUCCCGGACAGCGCCCUUCAGCGGAGGCCUGCUGGCAUCGCCGGCGGAGGCGCAUCCCGAGGCCUGGGGCUGGGACACCAUCAGCCGCCUCCCCGGACAGGGCUUCGCGCCGCAGCUGGAGCAGGCCGAUCUGGCCGCGAGGCCCGGGCGAGGCAGCAUGACGGACCGGCCGGCGCGGCCCCUGCUGGUGGCCGCCGAGCAGACCCUGCUGCCCGCGGUCGCCGACAUGGUCGAGAGCGCCGACGACGCGAGGCAGCUGGCGCAGAAGCUCCUGGCUGGGCUCCAGCGCUGCUACGACCGCGCACCGCGGGGCGCGGAGUCACGCGCCGCGCUGGCGUUGCACGCGGGGCACUGGCUGUGCCGGCGGCUGGGCGUUUGGAGGCAGCUGGAGCCCUUCGAGCGGGUGGCAUUUGCGGUCGCCGCGGCUGGGCUUCACACGGGCGCCGGGGGCACCGGCGGCCGCGGCGGCGCGCUGGGGGUGGGCGACCCGCUGCUGCGGGUCGCGGCCAGCCUGGCGCGCACGCUGUCCGCCCUCGACGAGUCCGGGCUCGUGGAGGCGGCCACCGGGGUCGCGGGGCAGGCGGCGUCCGCCUCCAUGUCGUCCAGCAGGAACUCCGUGGACCGCAGCGCAGGCGAUCUGCGCCACCUCGUCCGGCAGCUGCUGGCGCGGCAGCAGCCCCGGGUCGUCCUCGCCGACGUCCGCCGCGUGCACUGCUCGCUGCAGUCGGACCUGCUGCUGUGGAGCGACGAGGCGCAGCGCACGGCCACGAUGGCGCUGGUGCUCGCGGCCGGGGACCUCGCCUUCCUGGCGCUCCCGAGGGCGCUGCACCUGCCCUGGGUGGCCCUGAUGCGCCACGAGGUGAGCGGGGAGCUGGACGUGACCGCCUGCCUGCGGGGCCUCGGGGAGGCGCUGGCCCUGCCCGUCUUCAGGACCCCCGACGCUGGGCGCCCUGGGCUCCGGCGAUAUCGGCGACGCCAUGCAGUGCCUCGAGGCGAACUCCAAGGUGCUGAAGUUCAAGCACCAGGACUCGAAGGUGCAGGGCGGCGAGCCGCCGAGGCCCACGGCGGAGGCCGCGCUGCCCGGCAGCGUCCCGUACGACUCCUCGCCCUCGAGCCCGCUGCCUGA